AUGACGUUUCGUAUUCCACGCUCGCAAGAGCUUUGUCCAGCCGAGCUACCAGAGCCUGCCCUGCUCAAGGGCCCGGUUAAAUCCUUUCGAACUCCAAAAGAAGUUGAUACUUGGCUUUUAGAUAACCCCCUGCGCUGUCCUGGUGCUUUACAUUUUGUGGAAAAAAGUUCAACUGUUAUAAGUUAUGGCGUCCAGACCAAUUCCACUAGUGUGGCCAAGCGAGGUCAAUUUGAGGACCCAACUUUCAAAUUUCAAAUUCCUCUACAAAUUGCAGCUGAGCGUGAAAUUGCGAGGUCAUUACUUGGAGAUCCAAACUUCAUCUGGACUGUUGGAUUCAAAGAAUUUGCUCAUCCUGCCACUGAAACUUCCUCUUCCAUGGAGACUUUGGGGCCAACUUUUUUCCUUGCAGUUGCUAUGUUUAGUUUUGUAUUUCAAAUUAGUGCUUUGGUUGCAGAAAAAGAACUCAAGCUCCGUCAGGCUAUGUCGAUGAUGGGCCUUUAUGAAUCUGCAUAUUGGCUGUCUUGGCUUACAUGGGAGACAUUGCUGACGCUUAUUUCGGCACUUUUUACUGUACUCUUCGGGAUGAUGUUUCAGUUUGACUUUUUUCUGAAGAACAAUUUUGCAAUUGUAUUCCUCGUCUUCUUCCUUUUUCAGCUUGCUAUGCUUGGUUUCGCUUUUAUGAUAUCCACACUUAUGAGCAAGUCAUCUUCAGCAACUACUGUUGGGUUUGCGAUUUUCAUUGUUGGCUUCUUGGCGCAGAUUGCUGGAGUUGUUAUCUACACGGAUGUCAUUGAGAAGAAAUAUCAGAUUUUGUGGUCUUUAUUCCCUCCCAACCCUCUGGCGGCUGCUCUUAGGAUGCUUGCUGCGGAAACAGCCACUCCUGAGGACCAUGGAAUUAGCUGGAGUAAGCGCGGAGAAUGUGGUCCAAAGUCACCUGACUGUGUGAUGACAAUUGAAGAUGUAUUACUAUGGCUCAUUGCCACAUUUGUCCUUUGGUUUGUUGUGGCACUAUAUUUGGACAACAUCAUUCCAAACUCUAAUGGGGUGAGGAAACCAGUCUAUUAUUUUCUACAGCCCUCAUACUGGACAGGGAAAGGUGGUGAAAAGGUUAAAGAGGGCUGUCUAUUCAGUUGGGAGUCAUCAGCUCCUUCAUUGCAGGAGGUCACACCAGAUGAUGAAGAUGUUCUUGCUGAAGAAACAACCGUGAGGAGACAAGCAAGUGAAAAUGAAACUGACCCAAAUGUCGCAGUUCAAAUAUGUGGCCUUGCUAAGACAUAUCCCGGCACUAUAUCAUGCAGAUGCAGAUGCUGUAAAUGCUGCUGUAGCAAAUCCCCUCCUUUUCAUGCAGUCAAGGGCAUAUGGGUAAAUCUUGCGAAGAAUCAACUAUUUUGCCUUCUUGGACCAAAUGGAGCUGGGAAAACUACUGCAAUUAGUUGCCUAACUGGUAUUACGCCGGUUACAGGAGGAGAUGCAUUGAUAUAUGGGCAUUCUGUUCGAAAUCCUAUUGGUAUGACAAACAUUAGAAGGAUCAUAGGAGUUUGUCCUCAGUUUGAUAUUCUGUGGGAUGCAUUAUCGUCUAGCGAACACUUGCAUUUGUUUUCUAGCCUCAAAGGAUUACCUCCUUCUACAAUUAAUUCUGCAGUUGAGAAAUCCCUGGCUGAGGUAAAGCUUACGCGUGCAGCCAAAGUCAGAGCUGGAAGCUAUAGUGGAGGAAUGAAACGGCGACUAAGUGUUGCAAUAGCCCUUCUAGGGGAUCCAAAAUUAGUUUUUUUGGAUGAGCCAACAACUGGCAUGGAUCCUAUAAGUCGGAGGCAUGUAUGGGACAUUAUCGGGGAGGCAAAGAAGGGGCGAGCUAUUGUUUUAACAACACACUCUAUGGAAGAAGCUGACAUUUUGAGUGAUCGCAUCGCUAUCAUGGCUAAGGGAAGAUUACGAUGUUUAGGGACCUCGAUAAGACUAAAAUCAAGAUUUGGGACAGGUUACAUUGCUACUGUCAAUUUCCAAGGAAGCGCAUAUGGUAGUGAUGCAGGCGCAAGUGAACCUCGAGCGGGGCCCUUGAAGAAAUUCUUCAAAUUUCAUUUGAACUUGGAUCCGAAAGAAGAGACCAAAUCAUAUUUGACUUACAUCAUUCCUCGUGAGAAAGAGGGUAUUCUGACGGACUUUUUUGCUGAACUUCAACUUAAAGAAAAGGAACUUGGAAUAACUGAUAUACAACUCGGUCUCACGACACUCGAGGAGGUAUUUUUAAACAUCGCAAAGAAAGCAGAGAUUGAAAGUUCUGCUGCUGAAGGCACCCUGGUUCAGAUCACUUUAGCAUCUGGAGCUUCAGUCCAGAUACCUGUUGGAGCGAGGUUCGUUGGAAUUCCAGGUACAGAAUCGUCGGAGAAUCCGAGAGGUCUAAUGGUCGAAGUUUAUUGGGAUCAGGAUGAUUCUGGUCGUCUCUGUGUUUCUGGCCAUUCGGAUGAAACUCCAAUACCAUCAAGCGUUCAAUCUGCAGCAAAUACUCUCACUCGAAGAGCUUCGCGUGGAAGAUCACCUGUUGGAUUUGUAAUUGAUCCUAACCAAAUCGCACGUGGUAGUGGUUAGCAUUGAUAUUAGUUAGUUGUCCAUACUGCUCCCAGAUGUUCUGGAGGUUUAAAUCUUGUGUAGGACAUAAAGUUUAGUCAGACAUUUGCUUAGAUAACCAUAUGUACGAGACUGUUGUACUGUCCAUAUAAUUCUUAGGUAGUGCACCGUACGGAAGUAAGCUGUUAAAAUAAGGAGACAUUGUUGAGUAGAAGAGAGGGAAUUCUUUCCUUGAAAUUGAAAUGAUCUUUUUUUUUUUUGCGACUAA